AACGCCCAACGGAAGCUUUGUGUAUUGUGUAAAGAAUUAGAAUUAUUGUCUGGUGUAGUGGUGUAACAAUUGAUUUUCAUUGAAAAAUGGCUGUUGGUGGUAAAUCUGUAGGAAGCAAGUCACCUCGUGCUGGGGCUCGAAAACGUGUCAGUGCUCCAUCAAGUGGAGUAAGAGCUAGACAGCCUACUGCAGGGGGUGCUGGGUCUAUGUUCAAAUUUUACAGUGGGGACGACUCACCGGGCAUUCAAAUUGGUCCUGUUCCAGUAUUAGUGAUGAGUCUCCUAUUCAUUGCCGUUGUGUUUCUGCUACACAUUUGGGGCAAGUAUACAAGAUCUUAACAGACCAAUGUACAUAACUUCAUAUAGGGCUAAUAUUAAUUUUUGAAACUAAAAUAAAACUAUGAUUAAAAAAAAUAAAGCCUAACUACUUCUUUGUACAUUGUACUGCUGAUAAAUGUAACUGUAGCUAGGAUUUGCUAAAACAACUGCUCUAUAGUUCAUGAA